AUGCUUUCUAGUAAAAAGCUAAUUGGCACACCAUUGAGGCGAGGAGAAGGGAAUGGGCCCACUCGUGGCCAAGAAUUUACGCCUAUUGGUGGCAAGCUGAACUUUGCUGUUGAUAAAAAUAAUGCUUUCCAUGUAGAACAGCCAAAUGUGCGUGGUAAAAGGGCACUUUUCAUACCCAUCAAGGAAGAUACAAAGGCAUCGCGCCGUUCUGUUCUCGACUCAAGUUUCGAUAAUACGAUAGAUAAUUUUGACAAUACGCUUGGGUCGCUUCAUCUGCCAUUGCGACCAAGCAACUACUUCAAUAAAGCAGAUACAGGCGUCAACCUCGACAUAAACAAAAAUGGUAGCGUUUCGCACUUGAAAUCAUUACAUCCUCUAGAAGACCAUGAUUUAAUCGGUAAUGGAUUACCGUCUAUCAGAGAACAAGAAACACGUUUUCGCAGAAUUGAAACUGAAAAUUACAAUCUCAAAAUAAAGUUGGCAACGUUACAAAGGUAUAUCGAUCAAACCCCAGAAGAGAAUAGGGAAUUGUUAAGUGAAAAUAUUAGCUUGAAGCAGCAAUUGUUUGCAAGUAGCGAAGAGGCUGAUCGUUUAAGGCAAUUGAAUAGAGAUCUAACUAAACUGGUGGACAAGGAAAAUUAUUCUGAUCCAAAUGAACUAGAAAAUGCUGUCCUCAAAGCAAAGUCUGAAUAUAAGGAUCUCCUUCGUGAAAGAGAUACUCAGAUAAGAGACAAUGAGGCUCACAUAAAAAGGCUUCAGGAACUUGUUGAAAGUAAUAGAAGAAAUGCAGAUGAAAUAGAUGCACAUGGAAGUGCGGAGAACAUGUCAUUAAAAAGAACAAUAGAGUCAUUACGGGGAGACUUGAGAACAUUCGAAUCAGAGAAUGAGGAAUUGAAAAAGGUUACAGCUUCUUUGAAUGAUGAAAUCGAGAAAUUUAUCGAGGAUAAAAGAUCAUUAAACGAGACAACAGAUUCUCUUAAGAGACAAAACUCAAACCAUAAAUACGAAUUGAGGUCACUAAAUGAGCUCAUUGAUAACUUAAAGUAUGAUCUUUCAAAUAGCGAGAGUGAACGUAAAGCCUUAGAAAGCAAAUUCAAAACCCAUGUUGAAAAAUUGAACGUUGAUUUGGAUGAGGCAAGGAAUGAACUUUCUCGCUGGAAAAAGAAGACUAAUGCACUGAACGACGAUAGAGAUUACAUUAAAGAAUUGAAUUCGAAAGUCUCAGAAUACGAAGAAAAGUACGGGACCAUUAAAAGCAAGUCCUUAGAGUCGGAGCUUAAAAUAGAUAUGUUAUCGAAUGAAAACCAGAAACUAGAACGCAAACUUCAUCGCGUGGAAGAAGACUUGAAGGAGAAGGAGAAAGAAGAGUAUAGUUUGAGGAGUCAAAUCAGUGCUUUGAUUAAAAAAGGGAGGUCUUUUGAAAGCGCUACGGUUCUUGAAUCGCAAAUAGAAGAUUUGAAAAACAGUGAAUCAAAACUUAUCAGUCAAAAUAAGUCAUUGAAAAGCGAGAUCGAUGAGUUAAGGGAUCAAUUGUAUCAAAAUAAUGUGGGAACGAGUUCUCAGGCAACGAAACUCAAAGAGGAACUUGACGAGAACCGAAAUAGGAUAGAGUAUUACGAAAAGGAGUAUGAUUCCUUACAAAAUGUUUUGUCUUCUGUUAAAUCUAAAGCGGAUGCGUUAGAAAGAGAAUUAAAGGAAAAGAAUAGAAUUGUUUCUGAAUUAAAAUUGGAAAUUAACUCAAAAAUACCGGACUCAUCUGCUCUAUUGGAGCUAGAAAAUGCCACUAAAAGGAGACUUGAAGUCGAAAGACUUGCAAUUGAGAGAGAAAAUACAGCACUCGAAGCGGAAGUGAGUAGAUUGAAGUUUGAAAUUCAAAGAUUGAAGCAAGAGUCAGAUUUAAGAAGUACUGAAUUAUACAAGGACUCUCAUCUAGGUACAGAAUAUCAUAGCUUGCUCAUUGAGAACCGUGAACUUCAAUCCAAGUUAAGAGAUUUUAAUUCAAAUAGACAGGAGGAAGAAUCUCGAAUGGAACAGAGGAUAAAGGAUAUCGAGCUAAAAUAUCUCACUGAAAUCUCUUCCAAAAAGUUGGCGAUUCAACAACUUGAGUCACAGGUAUUUCACCUCAAUCAGGUACAGGAUGAAAAAACAAAGCUUAUCAAACAAAACUCAAACCAAGAUUCAAAGAUAAAGAAACUAGAAUUUGAUAUUGAAAAUUUAACUAGAGAAUAUGACUCCGAAGUUAAUUACUACAGACAAAAAAUGUCACUUUUAGAAUCUCAGAAUGUUAAUAGAGAACGUAGCGAAUCGUCCAUUGUUAUGUUGUUAGAAAAGCAGCUCGAAGAUUCGAAGAAGAUUAGAGAUGAUCUCAACCUCAAACUCUCAAGUUCAAUGUCCAAAGCUGAUGACCUGAAUAAGAAAGCGAGUGAUUUAGAAAAUAAGAAUGACGAGCUUCAGAGCCUUAUUUCUAAAAUAGAAAGCAAUGUGAAAUUUCUCAAAGCUGAAAACGAGAGAUUGGAUAUAAAAGGAAGAAGAUCACUAGAAGAAAUCAAAACUUUAAGUAAAUAUAAUUCCAAUUUGGUAGAGAAGAUUGAAAACUUACGAAGAAAAGAAUUCUUUUCUAAGGACGAGCUUAACACAAGGUUUUCUAAAAUUGAUCUAAAUUCCAACAAAGGGGAGGUCAAUUUAUUAGGUAAUGAACUCAAAUAUUAUAAAGCAAGGUUGCACGAUUUUAACUUGAGGGCAAACGAUUUGGAAUUUAUGUAUUCAUUUAUCAUCACAUCAAUUGAAAACUCAAACGACUUGAUUAAAAAGGAUUUAAAGAAACUUGUGGGAGUUGGUUUUUAUCCUAAUCAUUCCUUACACCAAAGAAGUAAGAAAAAACUAACUUUUUCGAUAGUCGCUCAGUUCGUUCUAUCACUUAUCAGAAUGAAGAGAAGAAGCUCGAAGGCGAACUUGAGAAAGCUAAAACUCUUUGAGUUGAAAAAUGAAAUCGAAAAUGAUAAACUUUUGUUGAUAUCAUGA